AUGCUCCUAGUCUACCCUCUUUCCCGGGUGCAUCAAUUAACUCGGGAAAUAAAAAUUCAUACCCUUUCACUACAGUCGCUUCAUCAAAUGUCCGGAGCAAUAGCCCAUCAAGCAAAGACCUUCCUCGAUACGAGUGGCCGCCGGUACGCUGAGUCGCCACUGCCAGCAUGGGCCUCCUCAAUCGCAAUCCUCUACCAACUCCCAGAUUCCAAACGCCUCUACAACAGCCGACUCCUCCCCCGACCGUGGACUGUCCUGCUAUUCUCGUCGCUAUUCGCAGCCAGUGGCUGGAUGGCGUACGAUAACGCGCCGAUCGAUGGCGCUGGCACCACCGCGGCCUGGUCGGCUAUAUAUUGCAUCAUGAACGGGAGCCCCCGAAAGCUUGGGAAGCUACUGCGAUUCGGACGGGUCGCGCCGCUCGGGACCGCGGGGUUUGUGGCGGCUAACACUAUCACGCAUGGGUAUUACUAUUUGACGGUACCGAGAAGUAAGGAAGAGGUUGAGGAGUUGAACAGGUUGACGGGAGAAUGAUUAUGGGAGGGGAAGAGAGUUCUUAUUGAAUUGUCCAUGGGUACAGAAUUGCAAUGGCGGGUUGGUACUCGUAGGAAGAGUGCACCUUCUCAACAAUAAGUUUAAGGGGAUCGGAAGAUUAGCACAGGAUUCGGGGGGCUGUACUGUACAAGUACAGUAGUAGCACAUGGGCGCUAGUGAUUCUCGGCGAUAUGAGCCGCAGGGGUUGCAUAAAACUAUCUGGGGUCAGAACAAACCUGAGAUGGCCAGGCCUUUGUUCGACACUCCGGUUCAUCGGGGCGUAUUAUAUUCCUUGAUCGAAGGGAAAUACAGACCACUCUUUUUAUUGUUCA